CUGUGAACAUGUGCAAGGGCGUCUUCCGGGUGUCGCCCGAGGAUCAGAUGUACUUCUCACGCGUGCUGCGCUGUCCCGACGAAACGCACGAGCGCUGUUGCACAUUUCAAGUGACUGUGAGCGCGGAGAGGAGCACGAAGAGCGCUUUGGCGGAAGCUGAAGUGACCACGGAUGCGGUGACAACAGAGAGUGCCACUGAGGAUGUCACGACGGACACUGAGGACGCAAGAUUUGACUUCACAACGGAGAUUCCAACGACCACAGAAGGCGUUCUUGUGAUUUAUCCUACGGAAGAGUCGAAGAAUUCCUCGGAUCGCCGCAUGCGCGCCUUUCAGGGCGAUCAGCCAGAAGAUGACCUGAUUCUUGUCUUUCCCGUGGAAUCUCCUCGAGAAACACGCGCCACACUAUCAAACGAGAGUCCAAAUCUAACGACUCAAGACGCAUUGAAGGCAACUAAGAAGUUCAGAUACAACAAUGUGAACAGAAAGCGAUUCAUGCCCAUUCUGAAGAUUAAUGAAACGCAGCUUGAGACUCCGGUUGAGGGGAAGCCGGUGUUUAAGGUGGCGAACAGUGAGAAUAGGAAGUUCCUUGAGGAAUUGUACAGGAACAGGACGAGAUUCGGCACUCCGGCAUCUCAGAUUACCAGCACAACGCCGAGAGAGCUUCUGACGCGCCUUGAGAUGCAGCGGAUUGAAGAUGUGCCUGAAGACGUCAAGAGGACAACGCAGAGGCCAAGAGCUCCCAAGCGCAAUCUCUACUACGAUCCGACCAAGAGGAAGGGCUUCGUGAGGAAGAACGCCACGAGAGAGGGCGAUGAAAGUCCACCAAAACCAAUAGCUGUGGACAGCAAUCAUCGUGACAUGAUUGAGGAGGUGUUGAGUGAACUGAAGCGCGAGAGCAAUUCACUGGUGAUGCCCAGCGAGAUGUCCAUGAAUCCCGCAAUGGCGGCCAAGUUUAGCAACAUGCAGAAGCGCCUCAUUGAUAGGAUUGUGGAUAGGAUUUCGACGCGGAUGGAGCGUCGAGAGGACUUUGAUAUCACUGCAAGCACAAAGCGCGAACAGAGUCGUCCUUUUCGCGGAUCUAUGCGCUAUGCGGACACCGUGAAGAGCACCAAGGGCGAAUCCUCCGCCAGAGAGAAUCCCAGUGAGUCGGAACGGCGAAAGGGGAAGAAGCAGCAGCCUGAGGAGAUGAAGGAGUUCAGCAGAGAAACUCCGCUGCCCGCUGACUUUCGGCCAUCGCCUCUGUGGACGCUGCAGCGCGGCGAGGAUCCCUUCCCCAUUCCACAAGUGCCUCUGACGGCGUCCAGAGAAUCCAGAGAUGUCGUGCCGGAGAAUCACGCGUGGCGCCAGCGUGGAUUCGUGCCCAUUCCGCAGAUACCGCGAAACACACCCAUCCAGAUCAUCGGUCCCAUUCCCAAGAGCCUCAGGCGCGACUCCUCCAAGCACUUCGCACCCGCGCCCAGCGAUUUGCCCAGCGAGAGCGCGCCCCCGCACUUCCGCAGGCUCACGGGCGAGGAAGCAGGCGCUGCCCAGUAACUGUGAAUAUACUGUAGAGACGUAGAAGAAUGCAUGGUAUUUAUAAAGCAGAGUGAAUGUGUUGGUCGCAAUAAAAGAAAGCAAAAAUGUUGGAAUUGAAA